AUGAGCCUUGAAAUCAAUCCAAAUGAUGAACUUAUUUUCCAAGGUACAUGCGACGAAGUGUGUAAUGCAAAUUUGAAUUUGACCAAUCGUGGCACGGAACGGUUAGCAUUCAAAAUUAAAACAGCAUGUGAACAUCAUCGAAUAAAACCAUACAAAGGUUUUAUAGAUUUAAAAGAAGCUGUUGAUGUUCAAGUUACCUAUAAACCUCAAGCAAAUAUUGAUUCUCAGCAAGUAAAUAAACAAAACCGAUUGGUGAUCAAAUAUCUUGUUGUUCCGAAAACAUACAAUGAUGAAUUCGAUACAUUUUGGAAAGAAUAUGGGACACAGACAGAUGACACUCAACAAGUCAUUUUACAAUGUCGAUUUGUUUCUAUCCCGACGACACCGGCUCUUCCUGCAACUCCAAAACUACCUGCCAGCACAAGUGCAAAAAACACAGUCGUUCAACAAAACUCGGCGAAUCUAAUUCGGCCUAUAUUAAAACCUGCCAUACAAAGUCCACCGAUCAGCCCUUACGUCUUACCAUCACAAGUACCACAACAAACUGUAAUCCAGCAAUCAUGGCAAGAUGCAUGCGACUAUGAUCUACGUGAAAGGUACACUCCAAAAAAAUCUCGUUUUAAGUCGCUCUUUCGUCGAAACAAGAAAUCUGUACGAACAAGAUCGAUUCCUACUAAAACACCGCUAAUUCCUCCACAAGUGGCACCAAUCCCUCCACGAACAGCACCGGUUCCUCCACGAACAAUACCGAAUCCUCUACUAGUAUUACCCUUGCUUUAUACAUCAAAUGAAACUUCGGAGUCUGAUGAAGACGAUCAAUCGAAUAUUAAAAUUCGGUCUGGUAAUUUAAUGUUUACAAAUACUGACGUCAUUGUCGUAAGUCGAUCAUCGGCAUAUUUGCUGGAAAACAUUUUAAAAGCAGUGGGACAAUCCUUCAGAGAUGAAUAUGACAUGAAAUUACGUCGAGAUCCAGAUGCUUCUUUGAUCUCUAUCAGAACUAGGGAUGAACUACCAGCGAAAAGAGUUUACUUUGUUUCAUGCCAACUUGGUUCUGAUCAGGUUCAAGCGGGUUUAUCAAUUAAGAAUUUAAUUACUGAGGCUAUGAAACGGGCAAGCAAUGAUGGAUAUCAAAGUAUUGCAUUUCCAGCUAUUGGCUGUGGCUUAGCCGGUUGUUCAAGUAGUUUUGUUGCUAAGACAAUGGUCGGAGAGAUUUACAAUCAAUUGAAAACAUAUUCUCUUACAAUUCUCUUUGUCAUCGAAUUCGGAAAAUACGACAUUUUUGAUCAAUUUAACAAAGCUAUCAAAUCAAUACCACAAGUAGAAGAGUCCGAUACAGAAAUGAAGCAGAUAUUAAUAGAUGUAGGAAACAGUGUAGUGAUUGUUGAAAAGGGAGAUAUUCUCCAGCAAACAACGGAUGUUAUCGUUGGUACAACAACAUCGAAUCGCUUGAAAAAGUCAAUGCUCGAAGCGGCUGGAGAUGAGACUAUGUCUGCUUACGAACAUGAAUAUCAACGUGAUCCGAAUAGAAACCUGAUUUCUGUCCCGGGUGGUCAACUAUCUGUCCAUCAAAUCUAUUUUUUCCAAUGGGAACCAUCCAGGAACUUAGCUCUUCUACGAAAAUCUUAUAUGGAUUUAAUAUCCACUGUUUUACAACAUGUUAUAACUGAUGGUUUUACAUCAAUCGCUGUACCGAUCAUUGGAUGCGGUGAAUAUAGUUAUUCGACAAGUCAAGUCGCAAAAAUGAUGCUUGCUGACGUCAAAAAUCAGUUGACGAACAGCGACAGUUCUCUAAUAGUGAAAUUUAUCAUUCGACAUGAACAGAAAGAUAUUUAUGAUAUUUUUCGUGAUCAAAUGUCAAUAAUCUCAGAUGUUACCGAUGCAGCUACACUUGAUUGGCUUGACCAUGGAACAUCAGCACCCAUUCAUAGCACUGUUGGAUUUAAUUUUAGUUUACCUUCGACAUGGGAAUGUGGAAGAGAUGGUCAAAACUCUUUCACACUAGACGUUUCGUCAGAUGAGUAUAACGAAGUGUUGAGUAAGUUUCAGCCGACAAUGCUGGGUUCCUAUUCGAAAAUAAUGCGAAUUGAACGAAUUCAAAAUGAACGUUGUUAUUUACAAUUCAAAAUCCAUCGUCAAGGUUUACGAGAAGAAUUAAAGACCGACACCGAGAAGGUCUUAUUUCAUGGCUGUCCUGAACAAGCGAGUCAAUCGAUUAUCAAGCACGGUUUCAACAGAAAUUUUGCUGGAGUUAAUGGUACACAAUACGGUCUUGGUGUUUAUUUUUCAGACAAUGGAUCGUACAGUCAUUUUUAUGCUAAAUCAAAUGCAGUAGGGGAACGACGUAUGUUUUUAGCGCGUGUUCUGAUCGGUAAAUCAUGUCUUGGACAUGCAUCCCAGAAAACUCCCCCAGACGGAUAUCACUCAACGACAGAUGGUAUUCAAAUUUUUGUGACUUAUCAUGAUGCACAAGCAUAUGCAGAAUAUUUGAUUGUUUAUCAAUAA